AACAUGGAUUCCAGACCUUCUUUGACUGAAGAUGAUUUCUCCUGUCCUGUGUGCUGUGACAUCUUCAGGGAGCCUUUACUCCUGGCCUGCUCCCACAGCAUCUGUAAGAGCUGCCUGAACACCUUCUGGCAGCAGAGAGGAGCUCUAGAGUGUCCUAUAUGCAGGACCGUGUCCUCCACCCCUGAGCCUCCGGUCAACAUCGUGUUGCACAACAUGUGCGAAGCGGUAAUGAAGGAGCGCAACCGGAGGAUGUCAGUGGAGAUGGAGGGGCUCUGCAGUAUACACCAUGAAGCUCUUACUCUGUUCUGUGUGAAGGAUCAGAGACCUAUUUGCACCAAGUGCAAGAACUCCAGAUUACACAGCAGGCACACUGUCAGCUCCAUACGGGAAGCAUCACAAGACCUCAAGCAGGCACUUAUGCUGAAACUGAAGCCCUUACACGAGAAAAUUAAAAUCUAUGAGGACUUCAAAAAAUCCUGUAUUAAUACCGGAGAGCACAUUAAGACGCAGAGCCAACACACAGAGGAAUUGAUUAGGAUGGAAUUCAAGAAAUUUCACCAGUUUCUCUGGGAUGAAGAGGAGCAUAGAAUAGCUGCACUAAAAGAGGAAGAGGAACAGAGAAGUCAGAUGAUGAAGAAAAAGAUUGACAAGAUCACAAUUCAAAUAUCUUGCAUCCUGGACACCAUCAAAGCCAUUGAGAGAAAGACACAAGGAGAAGAUUUGCCAUUUCUGCUGAACUACAAUAUGUUACUAGAAAAAACUCAAGCUAAACUAGAAAAUCCAGAGAAGUUAUCUGGAGUUCUGAUCAAUGUGGCAAAGCAUCUGAGCAACCUGAGCUUCCAAGUGUCAGAGAAGAUACACAGCUUUGUACAAUACACCCCUGUGGUGUUUGACCCCAACACUGCUCACGCCGGCCUCUUAGUCUCUGAUGAUCUAAGCACGGUGUCCUAUACGGGCGAGCUGCAACAGCUUCCUGAUAACUCAGAGAGGUUUGAGGGUUAUGUGAGUGUCAUCGGCUCUGAGGGCUUUAAUUCAGGCACACACUGCUGGGACGUCGAGGUCGGAGACAACACAGCCUGGGCCGUAGGUGUCAUCUCAGAGUCUGUGUAUAAGCACAGGGAGAACCUCUCACGGUUCGGUUUGUGGUAUGUGGGCUUCUGCAAUGACAAAUACGGUAAAGGAUAUGCACCUGAGAUCCUGACGCUGUUGCGUGUUAAUGAGAAGAUCAAGAGGAUCAGGGUUCAGGUGGACUUUAACAAGGGCAAGGUGAUCUUCUCUGACUCAGCCCAGAACACCUGUCUGCACAUUUUCAAACAGACUUUCAGGGAUAGAGUUUUCCCUUACUUUUACAGCCACUGUAAACUCCAUCCUCUGAGAAUAUUACCAGUAAAGUCUUCAGUGACCAUUCAGAUGGACAGUUAG